AGGGGAGGCGACGGCCGAGGGACUGGAUGCUCGGCUCCAUCAGCUCCACCUGGUCAGGGCUGCCACCGAGAUGGCCUCCAACUUCAAUGAUAUAGUCAAGCAGGGCUACGUGCGCAUGCGCAGCAGGAAGCUGGGGAUCUACAGGCGCUGCUGGCUGGUGUUUAAGAAGUCCUCCAGCAAAGGGCCACGGCGGCUGGAGAAAUACCCGGACGAGAAGUCGGCCUACAUCAGAGCAUGCCCCAAGGUAACCGAGAUAAGCAAUGUGAAGAAUAUCACCAGGCUCCCGCGGGACACCAAGCGGCAAGCGGUGGCCAUCGUCUUCACCGAUGACACGUCGCGAACGUUCACCUGCGACUCAGAGCUGGAGGCGGAGGAGUGGUUCAAGACCCUGUCAAUCGAGUGCCUGGGCACUCGUCUCAAUGACAUCAGCCUGGGGGAGCCCGACCUAUUGGCUGCAGGCGUUCAGUGCGAACAUACAGAGCGCUUCAACGUGUUCCUGUUGCCCUGCCCCAACCUGGACAUCUACGGCGAGUGCAUGAUGCAGAUCACCCACGAGAACAUCUACCUGUGGGACAUCCACAACCCCCGCACCAAACUGGUCACCUGGCCGCUGUGCUCGCUGCGACGCUACGGCCGUGACGCCACCCGCUUCACCUUUGAGGCCGGCAGGAUGUGCGACAGCGGCGAGGGCCUGUACACGUUUCAGACGCGCGAGGGCGAGCACAUCUACCAGCGGGUCCACUCCUCCACGCUGGCCAUCGCCGAGCAGCACAAGAAAGUCCUCAUGGAGAUGGAGAAGAAUAGGCUCCUGUCCAAAGGGGCGGAGACAGUCUCGUACCCCUGCACCCCCACAGCCAUCCUCCCCCGCAGCGCCUUCUGGCACCACAUCACCGGCAAUCAAGGGGAGCCAGCCAACGGUGAUCCGUACGGUGGUGGCCACUCAGGAGGGGAUGACUCGGAUCUGUACUCGACACGUCUGCCGCCCGAGCGACACUCCACUUUGCCUCUCAGCCACGGCAAGCACCCGCCUACCCCUUACCACUCGUACCCCAGCCAGUGAGAGGCUCUUGUCCACGCGCUCUGCCCCCUCCAUGCCAUCGACUCCACAUCCUGUGUGCUAUUCCCCUCUUAACCCUCAGUUCCAAUAAGGGCCGGGACUUCCAGUGCCCUGUCCACACUAUGGUCCUGCAGUGGGGCCAGGUGGACAGGCAGGCAGACAGGCAGACAGAAAGACUGCACAGCCCUUUAGUAGGAGAGGCUUUGACAGAGGACGACAUCCAAUUGACUUCAAAAAACGACACAACAGAGGUUGCCUUGUUCGUGGAACUACAGUUCCCAGAUGCCCUCAGUGCGAUGGCAGUCGGUUGCCAGGUUCCGUGCCUCUCACUCUAUGCAUGCCCCUAUGGGACAAGCAGCCAGGCUUUUUUAGGGAAAUGGAAGUUGCCUAUGGAGGGUGGCCUGAUGGAGUCUCCUCUUGAGAAGGCUGUUAGUGGUCCUCAGCCUGCAAUCGAAGGACAAACCUCAAAUCUAACCUCAUGCCAGCUUCUAGCAAUGUAGAGCAUUUCAGGAGACCUCCCAGACCCCAAGCCUCUACUCUCUAGCAUGAUGUAACAAUGAUUGUGUCUCACUCAUCAAGCAGUUACGCUCAGCCAUAACCUCCGUCUUAGAUAGACAUGCCCAUAGGGUUUUUUCUCUACACAGUGAAGAGGCAUUGAACUGAGGCCCAUCACCUCAAGGUUCCUCUCAGAAACACUCAAGAAACUCAUGGUCUCUCUUGGUCAGUCUUCGCUAUUUUUCUACACCGAGUUGAUGCUUUGGCCAGAAAGCCUGAUCUCCUUGGAUUCUGCACAGACUGAUAAAGGACACUGGGCAGCAGAGGUGCCAUGUUCAGGAGCAAGAAAUAUUUUAUUUGCUGAACUCAUUUUGGGGGACUCCAGUGUGCUUUGGUGCACCAUUAAAAACUCAAGAUGGAGUAAUAUGAUGAUGAUGAUGAUGAUGAUGGUGGUGGUAAUGAUGGCGACCUGGUGAAGGAGAUCUAGGAGGAGUCGAGGUUCUCCUGAAGGUCUCCGAUUUUAAGAUCAGCCAAUUUAAGGAGUUAAUGAGAAGAUAAGAAACAAACAAAAAAAAACAGCGAUGAACAGUUGUAAAGUUUUAGAUCAAAUAUCUUCCCUUUGCCAUCUCUCUAUCAGCUUCUCUUUUUGUUAAAGGGUGCUCUCCUCACAAACAGAACUCUACAACUGAUGUGAUUUUUGAAUUGUGAUUGCUAAUAUUGAGAAAGGUGGAUCAGAUGGCUCUUUAGAUUUGAUUAAUAAGCUUUGUAAGUGGGUCAUGGGCCUUAGUAAAGAGGUCUUUUCUUUGCACUUCGUGAUAUGUUUUUUUUCCCCUUUUUGACUGUGUGUUCUUUAUUUAAAACGAGGUAUGUAACAUUUUUGUCCAUUCAAGAUGUCCUUACGUGAUCACACUCUGCAAAACUGGCUGUACUGCGUGAGAUGGGAUUGGUGUGUGCACAAGUAACAACUGGUUUUAAGCUUUGAACUUCAUGGCUAGGACUUAACGUUAGAUUGUUUUAAUUCCCAUGUGCUGAUGAAGAACCCCAUAUAAUAGCAUUUUUUCAAAGAGUUUUACAGAAACUCUGGUUAGGGUACUGUAGCUAUCCACGUGUCCUGCUUCACAAUUUCAAAACUUUUCUCCAGAGAAGAUGCACCUUGAGGCUUAACUGUUGAGAUACUGAUUUCUCCAUUGGUAACUCUAGCAUUCCUUGAGAUGAUUGGAGCGUACAACAUGCAGUGUUUGUUUAUUACUAAAAACCAGUCUGAAGAAACAGUUGAUAUUAUCUCUCUCACAGUCACGUAGGAUAUAAAAUUGAUUGAUGACAUUUAUUAGAACUGUUUAGAAUACUGUUCCAGUCCCAUCAGCCGAAAGCUAUUCUUCUACUACUAGAAUGUACCAAGGAUUAAACAUGGUUAAGAGAGUACACGGCUGGACUGGGUAAGGGUGGAGAAGUCUUACGUCUAUGGCUAUGGCUUGUUACUUAAUGCUGGAAGACACAAACACGCUAUAUCUCUAUUUCUUUCUCUCUCUCUCUCUGUCUCAUUCUCUCUCUCUCUCACACACACACACACACACACACACACACACACACCACCACACAUACACACACACGCACACUUAUAUUUUUGUUGUGUUGUAUUACGAUAAAGAAGGGCUAAGUCUGUAUGGAUAUAUCUCCCCCUGUAUUUUCUGUUGAUGUCUGCCUCUGUACAUAGAACCUGACCUGAGUUGUUGCUGCCCUCCCGGGCCACUGUAGAUAAUGCUAUUUAUUUUACAUCACGUGAUUGUUCAUGGACAGCUCCACUGAUAUGUGUACUGUAUGUCAUUCUGUUUGUUUGUUUGUUUUGUGUUUGUGUGAGUUCCACUGUACAACUCUGGUUACAUGAAAGACCAUACUUAAAGCUGAUGGAGUUGGUUGAUUUGACAUUCCUCAGUCGUAUUUUUAUUUUUUAUUUUUUUUUUAAAUCUAGUCCAUUUGGUUUUAUUCUCAGAAUUGGAUUCAUGACAAAAAAUCUGUCUAAUUAAUGACCUGUAAAAGCCCUCUAUUACUGUCAACCCCAUAAUCAUCUGUGGUAUCUCAGAGCUUAGCCGAGUGAAUGCCAACUUCCAGUACGCAUACAGAAGCUGUACCAAAUGAGCUGUCUGUAGGUCUUGUGCUCCUGGUCAUAUUCACAUAGCUGCCAUUUUUCCUUUUCUACAGUGGUAUGCUAUCAGGUACAUGGUUUGGACUGGCAUACUGCCCAUUUGAAGUGACACAGAUGAUUUAUUCUUGGGAGUUGUUUAGCUUCACUCACACAUUGGAAUUACUAGCCAAGUUUGAGUCUAUAAUAUUAUCGCAGUCUUUAGAAAGUGCUGCUAAUAUCACGAGUGAACAGUGAGGUCAGUUCUCCUGAGCUCAUUUUAAAAAGCAGUAUGGGACUGAUGGAGAUUAUACAGCUUAUCAGUCGGAAGUAACGAAAACACAGCUUGUUUUCUAGAUUUCCCUCUGACUAGCUGACUGUUCUCAUCUCAGUAGUCAUUAGAGGGAUCCACAGGAAUGAUUGCACAAAUAGAUUAAACAAGGACAAUAAUGACGUCAUUGUAAAACCCAUCAGCUUCUUCAUUUCCAUACAACUUAAUAUAGAGAAUGCCAGUUCAGGAUUUGAACAUGUCUGUGUCAAAGUGGGAAGUUUUUCCUUUUCUCUGCACAAAACCAGACUAGAGGCUCAAAGUACAGAAGGGUAUUUCUGCUUGUUCGACCUAAACAGCAUAUGCAUAUAAAAUCAACUGUAUAAGCUUAUACUGCGGAACUCCAUCAUGUUUGAAGCUUUGUUACGCCAUGAAAGAACUGUCUUUGUUUCUUUGCUGUGCUGAGAUGUGUUCAUGAGAGAGUGUCUGGCCGUCAAGAAGCAGGUGCAGGUGUCGUUGAAUGCAUAUUUUGUCAGCGGGUCAAAGAAUCCAUUGCGGUGAACCUUAGUGUGCAAUGUAGUUGUGGUUAGGAGCAUGUUGCAGACUCACCCACAUUGCAUGAAUCCUUUCACAUAAUGCCAUGUGUGUCCAGUAAUGUUUGUGGUAAAACAUUUUGCAGUUUUUUCAAUAAAAUGUUUUUACACACUGAA